GGCGGAAGGGGGAGCCAAGUGAGUGUCAGUUCCACACGCACACACACACACACACACACACAGAGAGAGAGAGAGAGAGAGAGAGAGAGAGAUGGCGUCAGACAAGGCACGUGCUGGAGCAGAGCAGAUGAAGGAGGCCGGGCGGGAAGGAUACGUGGAAGGGAAGGGGUCUGCGCAGGAGAAGUACGAGCACGCAAAGGGGACUGUCGGCGCCAAGACGGAGGAAGCCAAACAGGCUAUGGAGGAACAGAAGCAGCGAGCGGCAGAAUCGAUGCAGGAGCAGCAGGAGAAAGCCGCGGGCGCCAUGCAAAGCCUGAAGGAGAAGGCAGGCGCAGCUAUGGAGGGUCUGAAGGAGAAGGUCGGGAUGGGAGGCGGAGGGGCAGGGGGCCAGUGAGGUAGGAAGUAGAAGCGUUGACUUCUGCUAGCCACGGGUCAACGAGAUGGGUGAACGACAUCGUCGUAUUUGCCGCUACUUUUCGAAGUUAAUGAACCUGUAUUCAUGAU